CUGUGGAAGCAGUGCGGGAGCAGUGGGAAGUCGGUCCACGGCGUCUUUCCGCUCUAUCUUCUUUUUUUGUGAUUGUUUUAUGACUUUUGCUUUUAUCCCUCCUCAACCGACCAGCUACGAGGAUGUAUUUUUAAGCAUGAAAGCGGCUCAGUGCGUUGCUUGUCUCGUCUAAGUGUUGAAACUGUUUUCUUCCAGUUGCACAUCCAUCAGUUACCUUUUCACCUCUAGACGGUGUUUUAGUUUUGUCAUAACCGACUGUGUUUUUUUCUUGCCCACAUUCAAGGACGACUCAGCUUCUUCACUGGACCACCGAGGAAAUAUUUUCUCCUACUUUUAUAGCCUAGCCUAAAUGCACUUUUCUAGCGUUGAGUCAUUUUUUUUACUGGACCAUAUCCGUCGUCAGUUGUGCGUGUGUUGACUGAAAAACUAGUGAUGAGAUUUUAACUCGUGGUUUGUCUCCCUUUUUUAUUUUUUCCUCAUGACAUUGAGGCGUGCACCGGACUCUCAUUCCGACCCCUUACAUCUCAAGUUUUCCGGGUCUGAGUUUCACUCGUUUUAGUUGAAACACUCGUGGUGAAAGAGGACGCCGACAGCAGACACACUCCUCCUGUUGCUUCAGUAAAAACACACCGGCAGCGUGUUUGCACGCCGCUUCCUCUUCAAGUGACUCACGGUCGACGCUCCGGUGAAACGGAGGGGACGUUUUCCCAGUCGGUUACGGGGGAUUUUGGUGGGAGUUUUCCCCCUCUGUAGUUUUGGACAGUUGUGGCGUGUGUGUUGUCUCCAGUUUUCUUGGUGAAGUAAACACAGUAAAGAAUUUGAAAAAACACACACACACAAAAAAUGCCACAGUUAUCAGGCGGCGGCGGCGGUGGAGACCCGGAGCUGUGCGCUACAGACGAAAUGAUCCCGUUCAAAGACGAAGGAGACCCGCACAAGGAGCAGAUCUUCGCCGAGCUCAGCCACUCGGAGGAAGAGGGAGACCUGGCGGACAUCAAGUCAUCUCUGGUCAACGAGUCUGAGAGCAGCCCCAACAGCAACAGUCACGAUGCAGCUAGACAGUCCCAAAUACCGCAAGAUUCAUAUCAUGAAAAACACCGAGACCAUCCGGAAGAUGGAAAGCAUCAAGACAUGUACAGCAAAGGCCAUCCGUACCCGGGCUACCCAGGUUACAUCAUGAUGAGUAACAUGAACAAUGACUCCUACAUGAACAAUGGCUCCCUCUCACCACCCAUGCCCAGAACGUCCAACAAAGUCCCUGUGGUGCAGCCGUCCCAUGCCGUCCACCCACUCACCCCGCUGAUCACGUACAGUGACGAGCACUUCGCUCCAGGAUCUCAUUCUGGCCAUCACCCCCAGGAUGCCAGCAACAAACAAGGAAUGGCGAGGCAUCACCCUGGACCAGACAUGACCAACUUCUACUCCCUAUCUCCUGGAGGAGUGGGGCAGAUCACACCACCGCUGGGAUGGUUCUCACACCACAUGGUGCCCGGCCCCCCAGGUCCCCACGCCACAGGGAUCCCCCACCCGGCCAUCGUCAACCCACAGGUCAAACACGAGCCACCGCAUGAAACAGACAUCAUGCACAUGAAACCCCAGCACGAACAGAGAAAGGAGCAGGAGCCCAAAAGACCGCACAUCAAGAAGCCGCUAAACGCCUUCAUGCUCUACAUGAAAGAGAUGCGUGCGAAUGUGGUCGCCGAGUGCACGCUGAAGGAGAGCGCUGCCAUCAAUCAGAUUCUGGGACGAAGGUGGCAUGCUUUAUCUCGGGAAGAGCAAGCUAAGUAUUAUGAGUUAGCCCGCAAGGAACGGCAGCUCCACAUGCAGCUCUACCCAGGCUGGUCCGCUCGAGACAAUUAUGGAAAGAAGAAGAAGCGGAAGAGGGAGAAGAUGCAGGAAUCGGCUACAGGUACAGGCCAGAGAAUGAAAACGGCGUACAUCUGAGAAAAUGGAGGAAAACGGAACAAUUUCUCCACAUGCAAAGCGAAGGCAGCAGCUACGGGCCCUCUGCUAGAGAUGGAGGCCUGUUAGAUUCCAUGAAGACCCUUAAAUCUCCAAACUGAAGCCUCCAGUUCUCAGAGGACCCCCUUCCCUCCCUCCCUCCCUCCCUUUCCUCCCCCACCUAACCCUACUCCCUUUCCUUCAACACAGUCACAUGCCACCACCACCAAAAACACUUCACUGUUUGACUCUACUCCCUUCCUGAAGGCGCCUGCUGUAGAGACACUGAACUGAACAAGACAAUCAUGAUUAGUAGGAGCACCCUCACGAAAACCACGUUCUCGCACCGAAAACCCAGAAAGCAUCAAUUUGACGUCUGUGUUUUGUCAGUUUCCUUUACAAAUCAGCUUUACUGCAAUCCAAGGCACUGCACUGAAAAACAGCAGCAAUUUUGAUGUGCGCACAAACUUCUCCCCUGCACCGCCCAAACUCUCCAAACACCUGUUUCUAAGUUAUUGUAAGUUAUUUGUCAUCUCUGUUCCUUUGUAUAGUUUAUUAGGCCGACAUUCACUCCCUGAAAACCCCCUCCCCUCUCUCUCUCUCGCUCUCUCACUGGAUUUUUGAGACCAUUUGGGGUUUCGCCCGACUGACCAAACACCUCUUUUUAGACUGCACUAAGGAGGAUGGAGGGAUCUCAUCUUGUCUAAGAAACGUCCUCAAGACGCCAUUGUAGUUUGUUGCUGACCAGUUGGUGCAAAAAAGGAUCAACAAUUUGAUUUGCUUUUCAUUUUAGACUGAAUUUUGAUUUUGAAUGCUUUUUUGUAUCUUGAACCCUUGUUUCAAUUUCUCGGUGUAUAUUUUAGUGAUUUUUUUUUUCUUUUUUUUCCUUUUUUUUUUUUUUAAAUAUUGUUUUUUUAUAUAGUGGUCUAUAUGAAAAUAAGCUUUGGACACAGGAAAGCCAUUUUUCUUGUUGAAGCGUCUUGCAGAAAAUUAAAACUUAAGGCUUCUUUUGAUAACUAUUUGUAACAAAUAGUGACCUCGAGUCUUGCUCAGAUGUAAAAUAAUGCUCAGUAUGUGUACUUUUUAAAACUGUCAGGAUAUGUCAAUUUUCUUGGUAUUUUUGCAGGCAACAUUAGGACAAAGGCGAGAGUGAUAGCUCAGAGGCCUAUAUUUUAUUGUUCUAAAACAUGACAAAUGAAGCAGAUAUAUAUAUUUACCCCAGCACUUGGCAGUCUUUCUUUUAUUGCAAUGGACCUUUGUCUUUUCUCUCUGGUAGCUAAUAGUGUGGUCUUUAGCCAUGUUGUUUAUUCCAUGCAAGCAUCUCUGUAACAUUUUGAUUUUAUUGCUCUAUUUUAGUAUUACUUGAUGAAUUCCUUUUUUUAUUAUCAUAUUCUGGGUCACUGUCAUCUUGGUAGAGCAUUUUGCUUCCCAAGUGGUCAUAUUUGAACUGUUCCAACAUGUUUUGGUUUUUUGUUUUGUUUUUUGUUUUUGUUUUGUUUUUUGUUUAUUUUUUAAGGAAAAAUAAAAAGGCACCAUUGGCUCAUGUGAUCACUUGUGUGGUGGAAAGACCAGAGCUGGAAAAUGCCAGAUGUAACA